AUGAGUGUGAAGGAUGGAGGCGACGCUCCUGUGGGUAUUGUGCCGUGUGAGAACUGUGGCAAACCUUCGCACAAGCGAUGCAGUCGAUGCAAGGCGUUCGCUGUGUGCGAUAAAGCGUGCAUGGUGGCUAUAUGGAGCAGACACAAGCCGGACUGCAACAAUGUGGUGGCAGCACGGAAGAAGCUAGCGGAGGGGGGAGCUUCCGUGUCGGGCGUGCCGUGUUCAAUUGAUCCGGACUCUUUACUCCUUCUCAAUCGUCUAACCGGGGAUGUGUACGCGAAGCAUGGCGUGGAGGAACCCCCUGGACGCGGAUCCACGAUGAAUGUGGAGAAGAAGUUGGCAUUCUUUUUGGAUUUCCUAAAGGUCCACGAUAGCUCGUCGCCAGAGAACAAGAACCGUCCUCUAGCGGAGAAGCUGUUCCUUAAUCGCCGCUACAACAACGCGUACCGUCACGCUACGGAGAACUUUACCGCUCGUGAGCUCAAUCGACUCAAUGUGUUGAUGCAGAAGCAUCAAGUUGGCUCGGCGAAUCGUCUGUUUUCGAAAUUAUUGAGAGAUCCAUGA